AUGGUGGCGGUGGGUGGUUUGAUGGUGGCUUGUCUGUUAGUGGAAAUCAGCUGUGGCGCAGUAGAAGCAGUGAGGGUGCAGGAGCGACGACUAAGCAGUGGGCGCAUCCUCGGUUCAACAGACCCCAAUACUACGUUCGCCUUCUACAAAUUCAGUCUACAAUGGCCACCUGCUUCAUGUGAUUCCAGUUUGAAAUGUGUGGGAGAUAUCCCAGCUGAGUUCACCAUCCAUGGUUUAUGGCCACAACUCAGCAAUGACAAAGGAGUUAUCCUGCAAACCGGGAACCUAGUGCAGCAGCUAAUGCAAGCGUGGCCAGACCUAAAGAACACAUCAUCUCUUAAGACAAGCCAAACAUUCUGGAGCAAUGAAUGGACAAAGCAUGGAAUGUGUUCUGAUUACGGUGACAAACCUCUUGACUACUUCAAAGCUGCCAUUAAUCUCAGGAAUAACUUUGUUCAAGCAUUUAAACUUGAACGCGGAGUGAGUUACAAAGUAAAAGAGAUAGUAAAGAAAGUAAAAGCGGCAGUAAAUGGAACACCUGAGAUUGCAUGCCGCACAAAGAAAGGCGGAAAGGGAGCAAAGAUCUUGCUUGAGCUUCGCUUAUGCUAUAAAAAAGGAAAUCCCACGCCCCAAGGGAUUCAAGACUGUAAAGUCUCUUACUCUGGCGUCUGUAAGAGUACCCUUGAUGAGCUUACAUUACUGUAA